CAAAGGUACCAAACCCUAAUCUCUAUCUAUCUCUCCAUAUCAACACACACGCACAUAUAUGUUACAUAAUAAAAGUAUGGAAUUAGCUUAUGUUCUGUUUGGUUACUGAGAAACAGUAGGAAAUGAAAAAAAAAAAAAAAAAAAACUUAAAAAGAAAAAAGAAAAAAAAAACUUGAAUCUGAAAUUUUUAUUUCAUCUUCGUUAUACUAUUCGUCUAGUUCUCUAAAUAGCUUCACUUAUUCUGGAUUUAUUUAUUUAUUUAUUUUUGGAAGCGGAAUUCGAAAAUUUUAAUCUAGCAGUAGGUAAACGAAACAGUUCACCAAUUUUGUUAAUGGAAUCUCUAAUUUUUUUUUUUUUUGGUGUAAAAUUAUAUUUUAAAAAAAUCCUUUUGUUUUCGUUUUGGUUUUCUUGGCUACCAAACAGAGGGCCAAUGUUAGAAUUGUAGCUUGGAUUAGUAUAUUCUGGGUGUAUCUGCUUCAUUUGAUCGGCUAAUUAGAGUUGUAGUGUUGUGAUUUUUUACAUGCUACAGAGGGUUAGUGUUAGAAUUUUAGUUAAUCUCUUUAUUUGAUUGAACUAAUUAGGAUUUUAAGUUGUAAUUAGAUGUAAUCUUGCAAUUUUGGAUUGGUACGUUUUCGGUGUAUUUGCUUAUUUGAUAGACUAAUUGGAGUUCUAAAUUGUAGUCUUAUAAUAUAGUGUGAAUUACAUUAACCCACCCUAAGGUUUGGGCUAAUACUAAACAGGUCCAAGACAUUUCAAACUAACCAAUUUGGUCCCUAAGAGAGAAGAGAAAAAUGACUAAUGAACCUAACAAUGUUUAUUGUUUAGGCACCAAAUUGGUCAGUUUUGAAAUGUCUUGGACCUGGUUGACAUUAACUCAAACCUCAGGGUAAGUUAAUGAAAUUUACCCUAUAAUAUAUUUGAAAUUGAUAUUCGAAACCAAAUGUGAGAGAGGGUUUAGUGUUUUGAAUAUUAGCUUGGAUUAGUGUGUUCUUAGUGUAUUUUUUUCAUUUAAUCAACUAAGUAGUAUUUAAAUUGGGAAAACACUAAAGCUACUGCUAAAUUUACUAUAAAGGCUUGCAAAUGGACACGAUAAUGAAUGUGUUUAGUGCCACAACAACAUAAUAAAUGAAUUUUUCAACUUUUUGUGUGUGUGUGUGUGUUUAAAAGGUGACAUAUCCAUUUGUAAGACUUAUGUUGUAAAAUUUGUAGCAUCACUCAUUUAAAAUGUACUCUUGAUUUUUGAAAGAGUUAAGCAUGUUGAAACAGUGUGCAGACCUUUGACAUACUUGUAUUGGAAUUUUGGCUUAACUCAUCCUUUUGUGUACCAGAUAUAAUUGAAUAUUUUCCCCCUCUUUCAUUUUCUAUCAGUUUUCUUGGGAAUUAAACGAGGUGUUAGUAUGUAUAAUUUGAGCUGGAAUUUUACGGUAGUAUCUCUUUAUUAUCUUCAUUUUGAUAGCUGAUUUGGGUUCGAAUUUUUAUUUUGCAAUUAUAGAGUUCCCAAAAUAUUUUACAUUCAUUUUUAAAUGAGUAGAUUAGAUUUUAUGAUGUAAAUUUUAAGAAAGUAUUGACUAUCACCAUUUUGGUAUCUAUUUAAAUUAUUGAUGAUGUGCCAUAAGCAAUCCACUCAAUUCAGAACAAAUAGAUAAGAUUUUAGGAAUUACAUGAUGAAGUUUGCCUAAGAACUCUAGAGGAUCCUAAACAUUGGUUUAAUCAGUGUGUUAGCCUCAGUGAUCACUAGUUUGAGUUUGAGUUGUUAAAUGAAUUGAAACAGGUAUGCAAUCUUAUUUAUGGGUUUCAGAUAUUUCUGGUGAAUUUGAAUUUUCCACCUCUACAGCUAAGGACUAGGUUGACUUAUUGUUUAUGUAUUGGAAGCAUAGCAUGUAAAAGGACUCUAUCACUAGAAUGAUAGUCUCAAUGUUGUAGGGGAAGAAAUGGGCACCCAAAUGCCUACAUGUAGCGAUCGGACAUGGACAAACUGGACACCAGCAAUGGAGUGUUAUUUUAUUGAUCUUUUAUUAGAUCAGGUGCAUAGGGGGAAUAGGAUGGGCCAUACUUUCAACAAACAAGCAUGGACUGAUAUGCUGACCAUGUUCAAUGCCUAUUUUGGAUCCCCAUAUGAUGAAAAGGUCUUGAAAAGUCAUUACACCAAUUUAUGGACUCAAUUCAAUGAUGUAAAGAGUCUACUUGAUCAGAAUGGAUUUUCAUGGGAUGAUACUAAACAAAUGGUGGUUGCCAGUCAUCAUGUUUGGGAUGCUUACAUCAAGGCUCACCCAGAGGCACAGUUUUAUAGAAACAAAGCCUUGAUGAACUUCAAUGAUUUGUGCUUGAUAUAUGCACAUACAACAGCAGAUGGAAGAUACAGCUUAUCAAGUCGUGAUAUAGACUUUGAUGAUGACAUUCAAGGAGUGAAUACUGGUGUUGCAAUGAAUAGCCUUGUACUGGCAAGUAAAGAGCAUUCAAAAAUAGAUUGGACACCAGCCAUGGACCGAUAUUUUGUCAAGCUUUUGCUGGACCAACUUAAAAAAGGCAAUAAGAUCUGUAAUACAUUCAAGAAACAAGCAUGGAAUGAUAUGCUUACCUUGUUCAAUGGAAAAUUUGGCUCUAAAUAUGGAAAGAGUUUCUUAAAACACCGCUUUAAGAAAUUAUUGAAAUAUUAUACUGAUGUGAAGAGUCUACUUGAGGUAAAGGGAUUUUCUUGGGAUGAAAUUCAACAAAAGAUAUCAGCAGAUGAUUAUGUAUGGGAUAAUUACAUCAAGGCACACCCAGAUGCGCAUUCGUAUCGUAGGAAGACCUUGCUAAACUAUUGCAAUUUGAAAUUGAUAUUUGGAAAUGCAGUAAGCAAUGGACAUUGCAGUCAUUUAUUGCAGGGGAGAAACUUUGAAGAUGAUAUCAUACAGAUCAAGAUGGCUGAAGAAAAGGAGGGCCAUGCCUCUUCUGAUAGUGAAUGUCGGAGAACAAAUUGGACAUCAACAAUGGAUCGUUACCUUAUUGAAUUGUUACAAGACCAGGUGCUUAGAGGGAAUAAAAUUGGUCAUGGAUUUGUGGCCGAGGCAUGGAUUGAAAUGGUUAGACUGUUCAAUGCAAAAUUUGGAUCUCACCAUGACAAAGAUGGUCUGAGGAAUAGAUACAAACAUUUAAGGGGACAAUAUAAUGAUAUAAAGGUUCUUCUUGAUCAGAGUGGGUUUUCUUGGGAUGAAACAGGAGAAAUGGUAACUGCUGAGGAUUAUGUCUGGGAUUCUUAUACCAAGGUGCAUGCCAAUGCUCAGUCAUAUAGAAAUAAAUCUGUUCCCAGCUAUCACAAAUUAUGUGUUAUAUAUGGUGAAGAAGUUUGUAAUGGAAGAUACAACAUUUCGACAUGCAAUGCAGAUCUUGACAGUGAAGAACCAGAUUUGAGAAUUGGGGAGGAUAUGAAUAUCCAAUGCUAUGCAAACAGUGGUUGUUUGACAACAGAUUGGACACCUUCAAUGGACCGUUACCUCAUAGAUGUAAUGCUAGAGGAAGUGCAUAAGGGGAAGAAGAUUGACUACACCUUCAACAAUCAAGCAUGGAUAGAUAUGUUUAUGUUGUUCAAGGAACGAUUCUCAUUACAACAUGACAAAGAUUUUCUGAAAAGUCAUUAUAGAAGUUUGGAAAAGCAGUACUUUGAUAUGAAAAAUCUUCUUGAACAGAGACAAUUUUCAUGGGAUGAAACACAGCAAAUGGUCGCAGCUUUUGAUGAUGUUUGGGAUGCAUAUGUGAAGGAAAACCCAGAUGCAAAACCAUACCGAAUCAUGCCGAUGCCAAAUUAUAAUGACUUGUGCUUGAUUUAUGGAAAUCCAGCUUCUGAUGAACGAUGUAAUGAAGCGCAUCAAGAUCUAGGAUGUAAUGGUUUUGAGCAAGUUCGCAAUGGAAGUAUGGUUGAUCAAAAAUUCAACAAGCUAGCCUGGAGUGAUAUGAUUGCAAAGUUUAGUGCACAAUUUGGGUCUCAGCAUGACAAAGAUGUCCUAAAAAGUCGUUUUAUGAAUUUGAGGAAGCGGUUCAAUGAUAUGAAAACUCUACUUGACCAGAGUGGUUUUUCUUGGAAUGAAAUGCAAGAUAUGAUACGUGCUGAAGAUGAUGUCUGGGAUGCUUAUGUUAAGGUACAUCCUGAUGCAAGAACAUACCGCAAUAGAGCUCUCCCAAAUGUCAAUGAUUUGUUUUUGAUAUAUGGAAAUGACAACACUGAGCAAAGGCAAAAUUACUCUGGUCACUCUAUGGAUGCUGAGGACUAUGAGCUGGGAGUAAAUAUUGUUGUAGGUGAAGAGGAUUACCAGUCCCCUGCUAAUAAUGAUCCUCUGAGGAUAAAUUGGACAAGGGAAAUGGACCGUUAUUUUAUUGUCCUUCUGUUAGAACAGUUGCACAGAGGGAAUAAGAUUGGUUGUAAAUACAAUGCUCAAGCUUGGACCUGGAUGAAUGCAUCAUUUAGUAAAAAAUUUGGAUUCCUUUGUGACAAAGAUGUACUAGAAGAUCGGUAUUGGAGCUUGAGGAAAGAGUAUAUGGACAUCACAGAUAUCCUCAAUCAUAAUGGCUUUGCUUGGGAUGGAAUUCGCCAAACAAUGACAGCUGAUGAUGAUGUUUGGGAAGCUUAUAUCAAGGAUCAUCCAGAUGCAGUUACAUACAGAAAUGAGAUAUUGGGUGAUUAUUGUGAUUUGUGCUUGAUUUAUGGUAAUGAAAGUCAGCAUAGUAGAUCAAGUUAUUUCAACGGAAAAAUGGGGAUCAACACCAACACCUUGGGGAUGGGGAUUGACGAUAUAAAUGGAGAGGCGCUAUCUCCAGCUACUGAGUUUGAAAUAUCUCAUCAGAAAAGAAAGCGAAAAUCUGCUCCUUUGUCAACCUCAGCAUGUAUCCAAAAGGUUAGGAGAACCAUCAAGAAAGAGACACAAGAGGCAGUUGAGGGGAAGCCAUGUGUAGUAAAAACAUAUUUGGGUACUGAGGAAGACAAAGAUUACAGCUCAAUAGAAUGUAUAGUUGCAGCACUUCAAACCGUUCCUGACAUGGAUGAUGAGAUCUUCUUGGAGGCUUGUGAACUUUUAGAAGAUGAGAGAAGGCCAAGAUGUUUGUGGCCAUGGAUGUUGCAGCACGGAGGAAGUGGUUAUUGAAAAAGAUUCGACGGUAGCAUCUAUUUUUCUUGUUAAUGUCAGAUAUAAUUUUGGUACUUUUUUAUUGUGGAGUUUUUCCAAUGUAAAUCAGAUCCUAUAUUAAUGUAAAGGCAUUUUUCAAUGCAAUUUCCUGUAUGAUUUCCUUAUUGAAAUUGGAAAAAAAGGGGAAUUGAAUUUGCUUUUGCUGGGA